CCCAUUUAGAAUCGAUUGUGUUAUCACUCCUUUUGAUAGGUUCAGCAUGCAACUGGUUCCUACCCUAAGUGCAAGGACCAGAGUUACAUUAGUGGGCACAUUUUUUGAACUCUGUAGACCUAAUGCUUAUCAAAUGUUGUUCAACUUAAAAAGUGGCACCUCUCCAAAAGGGCAGAGUAACCUUACAUGCUCCCCUAUUGGGGAUUUGUCAAGAAAGAUUUUAAAGUUCAUAGUGGUGCUUUAGUAGUAAGGGGAGGUCCAUUACAUUCUGUCAAAGCAUUACUGUUGGAACAUUGCAGAAACACUACUUGAAUUUGGUAUACACUAGCAGGUUUGGAUGAUUUUAUUUCUUCACACUCAUUCAGAUAUGUUAACAUUUUCUUUUUGUUACUAGGUGCUGGGUUUUAUUUGAACGCCACAAAUGAAAAGUGGAAAAAUUGGCGCAUGUAUGACUAUGUUGUGAAGGAACUUCCAGAAGUUGUAAGUGGCAACUUCGAACAGCUUAACACUUCGCAGGCAUCAAUUUUUGGGCACUCAAUGGGAGGGCAUGGUGCGCUGACAAUUUACUUAAAAAAUACUGAUAAAUACAAGUCAGUAUCAGCAUUUGCUCCAAUUGCCAAUCCAAUAAACUGCCCGUGGGGUCAGAAAGCAUUCUCAAAUUACCUGGGCUCAACUAAAUCAGAUUGGGAGGAAUAUGACGCAACCUGCCUGAUUAAAAAGAACAACAAUGCUGUUUCCACUCCUAUCCUAAUUGACCAGGGGGAUGCUGACAAGUUCUUAGCUGAGGAGCAGUUACUACCUCGCAACUUCGAGGAGGCGUGCAAGGCUGUCGGGGCUCCUCUGAUCUUGCGCAUGCAGCCUGGAUAUGACCAUUCCUACUAUUUCAUUGCUACGUUCGUGGACGAUCACACUGCGCACCAUGCUCAGUUUCUCAAGAGUGCCUGACUGCAAAGUCUCCCGUAAUGUGUAGUGUGAGGAAGACAAGGAGGCAGAGCUCUGAGGUGUCUGCUUGCAGCAUGUUACCCAUGCCGACAGUCUUCUCUUGUCUGCCAGCUUGAGGUGAAU